AUGAACCGAAGUGCCAUUCUUAUUUGCUGCCUCAUCUUUCUGACACUGAGUGUAACUGAAGGAAUGCCUCUCUCUAGAACUAUACGUUGCACCUGCAUUGAGAUCAGUAAUCAACCUGUUAACCCAAGGUCCAUUGAAAAACUUGAAAUUAUUCCUGCAAGUCAAUCUUGUACACGUGUUGAGAUCAUUGCCAUAAUGAAAAAGAAUGGGAAAAAGAGAUGUCUCAAUCCAGAAUCCAAGGCCAUCAAGAAUGUAUUGAAAGCCAUUAGCAAAGAAAGGUCUAAAAGAUCUCCUUAA